AUGGCUGAGCAGCUGGUUCUUCGUGGCACCCUCGAGGGCCACAAUGGCUGGGUUACCUCCCUCGCGACCUCCCUGGAGAACCCCAACAUGCUGCUGUCCGGUUCCCGCGACAAGACCCUGAUCAUCUGGAACCUCACCCGCGACGAGCAGGCCUAUGGUUACCCCAAGCGCAGCCUGGAGGGCCACUCCCACAUCGUCUCUGACUGUGUGAUCUCCUCCGACGGUGCUUACGCUCUGUCUGCCUCUUGGGACAAGUCUCUCCGCCUGUGGGAGCUCUCCACCGGUAACACCACCCGCACUUUCGUCGGCCACACCAACGAUGUUCUGUCCGUCUCUUUCUCCGCCGACAACCGUCAGAUCGUCUCCGGUUCCCGUGACCGCACCAUCAAGCUGUGGAACACCCUCGGUGACUGCAAGUUCACCAUCACCGACAAGGGCCACACCGAGUGGGUUUCGCAAGUCCGCUUCAGCCCCAACCCCCAGAACCCCGUCAUUGUCUCUGCUGGUUGGGACAAGCUCGUCAAGGUACGCUAUCACCCCCUUCGGGAUACUCGAUAUACAUACCCCACGCGCCCACCCAAAUGA